GUAGAAGCGACUUCUGGUGCCGCGCCGCUGCUGAUCCCGGAUUUUUCAAUCCAGGAGUUGGAGGGUAUAAAGAGAGGUGCCUCCUCACACUGCCCCACAGGGGCCUGAGACUUGUCUGUCUAUUUCCAACAGCAAAGGCUGGCGGACUGGCUGUCUGGACUUCCUUGCCCACUUGCUUGCUUGCUUAAUCCAAGGCCAUCUCAGCUCCUGGCAACUACACCCCCUGACCAGCCCCAGAGGCCCCAUUCACCUGAGGAGCUUAUACCCAGGGCUGCUGCAACAAACAGGGACACAAGCCUUUGGGAAGCAGAGAUGCGAGAAGGCAUCAGAGGAGGGAGGGUGGGAAAGAAGGACCGAGGCCAAUGUUGCCUGUGGCAUUCAAGGCACCCCAGGGUGACAUGGCACACUGGUUGACAACCACUGGCUUAAGUAUAUUCCAUUGAAAUGAGGGUUUCAAAGCUCUUCAGAUGGAUGAUUGCAUCUUUUUGUAAACCAAAAAGUGUGAGGGUUCAAGCCCACCUGGAAGCUGACUGAGGAAUCCUUUCACCCAAAGUCAGAAAUAAGAAGAGCAGCUGCAGGGAGUCAAUGGUAAGAGAGGACAAACUUCAGAGAUAACACUCUUUUCCAUUUGUCUGGGAAAUGGUGCUGGGUUACACUUGAUAUGGGAGAGCCAGGUCCCCAAAGUGAACAACGGGUUCAACAAUAAAUUCCAGGCCUGGUGCUGCUCAAAUCAAGACCCUAAUUGGCAAUCACAUUUCCAUGAGCCUAAAUGGUACAUGCAAUAUCUUUCCUUGAGUGAAAAUUGUAUACCGGGGGGUGAACUACAGCCCCCCAGAUGUUGAUCGACCCGAACUCCCAUCAGUAACACCCAGGGCUGAUGGGAGUUGUAGUUCAGCCACAUCUAAAGGGCCACAGGUUCCCCACUCUUGCUAUGUAUCAUCAUUCAUAUAGGAUAGGAAUAUCCCUGCCCAGGAACGGUAGCAGCGUUUGAAUAAACAGGACCUAGCAGGGGCUGGUAAAUAUUGCAAUGCAAAUUGCAUUAUCACCAUUUCACAAAUCCUGAUUACUAGCAGUGAAGAAAGAUUCCAGCAUUCACCUCCAGCAAUAGGUGCCGGCUCUGUUCACCUCCGUUGGGCAAACAAAACUUUGAAACCAUAACAUCUUAAUGUAACUAAUUGGCUGCUUUCCAAAUAGCACAUGCUGUACACAGGUCUGUGUGGGAACAUCAUCAAAGUCAACUUAUGCAGCGCUGUGGAGCUUCAGGGUAGCAUCAUUAAACUGAGCCGAGUUUCUGCUUUCGUUUUGAUAAGAUGCUUCAAUGCUUCUUCACAAUUGCAUCUCUUUUAUUGAUGCUGACGGUGCAACGUGUGUGUGUGUGUGUGUGUGUGUGUGUGUGUGUUGAACAGCACACAAUCCUUUGAGAGAAAGAGCUUGCUGCGUCUUCAGAAUAUGAUCUCAGUGGCACGGCCAAGACUCCAGGUCACCUUUCAAAACUCUCAGAAGGGAGGGUGCCAGUUGUUUUGUUCUUCAGCAAACCUGUUGCAGACUCUGCUUCUCAAGCUCUCGUUCAUCACAUGACUCAGACUCCCUGUCAUAGAGUCUCUGGCAUUAAAAACCUUUCCUGCACACCUAUGCGAGAUUGUUCACAUCAUCCUUACUUGCGGCAGUCUGUUUAAGAGUGGCUUUUAAGGGACGUCUACUAAAGAGGAAAUGGGGGAUCUGAAGAGUCCAUCUUCCGGCCCCUUCACAGGCAAAGACAUCACUGUUCUGGCAGGGAAGCUUAAACACGUGGCCCUGAAUACCCCACUCCGUUUCAGCGCUCAGGCCUUGAGACCCCAUUCCAAGAACAGCGCUCGGUUUGGCUGCCUCAGCCAUCACUCGUUCUUCUCGCGCCACAACCCCCACCCUCACAGAGUCACUCAUAUUCAAGGUUUGAAUGGUGCUCCUGUUUGCACCGUUAAUGAUGAGUGCUGCAAGCAGACCAUUCUGCCACCUCACCCAAUGAUAAAAAGUCAGAUUCCUGCUUCUAUUUGGGGGGCGCCUGGGGCUCAGAUACCCAUCGGAGACCCACAACCUGUUCCAGUCCCCUGGCUAUCGACAGGUUCUUUGUCCAAUGCCUGGCGAGAAGAAUUGAGGGAACUUGCUGCAAGAGUCAGAGCCACCUCGUCCACUGAGAAAAAGGAGGCAGCAGAAAAGUCUCGGAGGGAGACACAAUACUCAGAAGAAACAGGACGUCUUAUCCCACCUCCCUCUCGAGCUACAGCUUGCCAUUCGUCCCGCCAUUUGCACAGGAACAAUGCCAAGAAUAAAGGCAAGGAUGCGACCAUGCUCUUCCGGGACCAAGAACUUAUAAUUUUGGAGCUGCUCUGUCAGAUCCUGCAGACAGACUCCUUGACUGCGAUUCAGCAAUGGCUGCUCAUGGCUGGGCAGAGGGAAAAGGACCUUGUCAUGGGAUUGUUGCAGACAGCAACUGCCAAUUUACAUCUUGAUCCCCAGGAGCUGACCUCAGGCAUGGAAGAGAGACUUCCGCCACAGUUGCCCCCAGAUGCCUCAGGAUUUGCCUCCAAACCACACAGCCUUGGGAGAAAUCAUGUAUCCAGGCUGUCUGUUAUGAGACAAAAACAAGAACCUAUCCCAGAAGAAGAAAAGCCAGAGAACCUGGAGGCACCAUCUUUCAAGACAGGAAUCCUGUACCAGUACCGCUAUUCAUUGGGGGGCCAGCUAAGAUAUCUGUCAAGGCCAUCUUUGCAAGGAAGCAAGCUGCAGGCUGAAGCUCUGGUUGAUGUGCAUCCAUUGUGGAGAAAUCUCAACGAUGCCGGGGAGCACCUUCUCCAAGUCCAAAUCCAUGGCCUACUAUUCCAUCACGACCUGGAACGAAGUAAGAGUCAGACUGGUAACAACGAUCAACCUGCCCAAGUUUCACUGAACACUACAGAACUGGAGCAGCCCGUUUUCCUGCAUUGGAAAAAUGGGAAGAUUGAAGGCAUCUAUGAAGACAAAGCUGGAAGCCCCUUAACUUUGGAACUGAAGAGAGGCCUGGUUAGCCUUCUCCAGUUUCAGACCCAACCUGGGACAGUGACUGAGGAUGACAUUUCUGGGAGCUGCCCAGUGACCUACACAGUCUCCAAGGAUUCUGUUCUGAAGACAAAAGACCUACAUGGCUGCAAAAGAACAAAGUUUGGAUUCAGCUCUGUUAACAAGAUGUUUGGAGUCCUGUGGCAACCUGUAAGUAAAAGUCUUUAUUCUGUGGAAGGGCAGGUCCUCAAGUCGGCAUUGUCCGAAGAAAGCCAUAUAAUCUCUCUAAACCUGAAGUCUUCCGUUGGAGUCAAUAUCACCUCCAGGCAACAUCUUGAACUUGUGACUCAAGUGCCUGGAUCAAAAGAGUUGCCUGGGAAAAGUCCUCAGGAAGCCCUGGCGGCUGUGCUGAGAAAACCACAACCCAUUAACAUAGCAAGUGACCCUGUCAAGAGGACCAACACCCAGUACCCAACUCUCAAAACCUACUUGAAAACACUGGCUAAAAAGAGACGCAGAAUAGACCUCUCUGAGGCAUCGACCACUUGGCAUUUUUGCAAAGUUGUCCAGAUGUUACGCGAUGCCAAGAAGAAAGACAUCCUGCUGUUGUUGAAGAAAGCACCAGAAGAGAUGGUGUCCUUCUAUGUUGAAGCGGCAGUGGCUGCCCAUUCUACAGCUUCCUUGAUGGCGCUGUCCGAAUUUCUCAGUUUCGGGAGCAAAAAGAACGCCGCCCUGCUGGAGAAGUUUUUCUACGCUGCAGCCUUCUCCCCUCGCCCUUCAAAGGAGCUCUUGCGUCUGGUGGUGGAUAAGCUGAAUGGGAAGAAACUAGAAGCAGCCACCUGGGAAACGGGGAAUAUUGUAAUCGGCAGCCUGAUUGGCAAGCUGUGCCAAAUGAAACUGUGUGGUCUUCAAGAAGUAAGACUUGAAGUAGACUCCAUCAUGCAAAGGCUCAAGAACACCAAGAAGGACUCUGAGAGGGUCAUUUAUCUGUUGUCCCUGAAAAGUGCUCUGCUUCCAGAAUCCAUCCCCAUCUUCCUACAAUAUGCAGAAGAGGGCUCUGCCAUGGUCUCAGCCACAGCGCUGAACGCACUACAGAGGUACUCUGCACAGCACAUCUCGAACACGGUUAAAAUGGCAAUGAAACGCAUAUUCUAUGAAGUGCAGAGACACUAUCCAAAAAUUUCAAGGCUGGCUGCUGCAGAAAUCCUGUUGAACAAUGAUCCCUUGCCAGAGGACUUCACCAAUAUCCUGUUGGCCACCAGAGAACUUGAACCAGAAAUGUCAAGAUUUCUGCUGUCAAAAAUCCAAAGCUUCGUACACUCCGGUCAUCAUCCAACCAGGAAGGUUGCUAAAGAGGUUCUGAAUGACCCACAAAUAAAUAAUUACUACUUCCUCUCCUCUGAAGCUGGCAGCUCCAUCUCCUUCUCAGGACCACUGACAGCCACCAAUGACACUCUCUCUACCAUUGGGCUGGAUCUCCUGUUCUCAGACAUUGGCAUCCUGAGGAAGAGCACCACCAGUUUCAAUAUCCUAAACCAUGGCUACCAACUCCAAGCAGCUCAGGUGGCCAUAGAAGCAAAAGGAUUUGAGGGCAUCCUGGGAGGCAGCGCAGCCGACGGAGAAGACGAAUUCAUGGCCGGCAUGUCUGCUGCUCUGCUUGAUGUCCAGUUACGGCCAAUCACUUUCUUUGAAGGAUACACAGAUCUGAUGUCGAAGUUCUUCUCGAGCUCAGGAGAACCCACAAAUGUGGUCAAAGGGAACGUAUUGCUGAUGGACCAUCUACAGGCAAUCCCACUUCAGUCUGGUUUGCAAACUGUGAUCACUCUCCGAGGAGGACUUGGGUUAGAUGUUUCAGCUGACAUCAAUGUGAAUUUGUGGGAGCAGGAGUUCAAAACAGGCGUCGAAACAAGGGGCGCACUGACCAUUGAUUUCCAAGCAGAACUGGAUGCACCAUUUUUUCAAGCCACUGUCAAAACCCAAACAGAAGUCGAAAUGGCCACAAACUUCAACACAGCUGGAAGAGUUUCUGCCAUGCCCGUGCUCAUGUGUCUGCAGCUUACAGAAGAAGAAGUCGCUUACAGAGAAAUCUUCUCCGUCUCAGAAUCCUCUGCAAACCACAGCACUACUGUCCGCAAAGGGAGAUGGACCACCAUCCCUGGGCGUGAGCUUCCCUUUCACAGAGCCAACUCUGAAAUGUGCAGGAUCCUGCUUGCAGAGACAAUGGAACAAUAAAAAAGCAACAUCCAUAUGGUGUCACCUUGUACUUGCU